UGUUGUUCGGGGCGAAUGGCAGUUCGUUGGCGCAUGGUUUACGUAAAAGCCGCAUAAAUCGCUGGAAAUAUUAAUUAGAAAUAGGUUCCUUAGCAAAAGUUUAAGCUUAAAACCAUGUCCAGCGCUGUGACUCGCUUGUUGGAGCGCCUGCCACUGAAAAAACAGACGGCUCAAAGUGGUAUUCGUAUUUUUUCCAACCAGGAACCGCAACAGCAGCAAGAAAUUGAGGACGAUGAAGAAUUCCGAGUGCUGAGCCUGCGGACGGUGAAGCAGCAGUUUCAGCGGCGCCAGCAGGUCCGCCGAGAUCCCGUCCCACCGCCGCGCACCAGCCGCAUGGCAGUGGAUCAGGACUGGACGGCCGUUUGGCCGGGACCACGAUCCUUCCACCCGGCCAGUGUGCCUCUGCCACUGCGCCAGGGCUUCACGGAACGCGGAGCAGCAGCCCCAUCGAAGUUCGCCAAUGCGGAGUUAAUGAAGAUACCCAACUUUCUGCACUUAACACCGCCGGCCAUCCGCCAGCAAUGCGAGGCCAUCAAGAAGUUCUGCACUCCAUGGCCAAAGGGUCUGGAGACGGAGGCCAAGUGGCAGCGCCACUUCCCCCUGGAGGUCACCACCACGGAUUACUGCCAGAGUUUACCCACGAUCAGGAAUCCGGAGGCCAGGAGGGUCACCAUCUCCAUGAAGCUCUCUGACCUUAAGUUCGAUGCGCAUGCCAGGGAUAAGUUCCUGCGCCUGGUGGGCGAUCGCUACGACAAGGACACGGACAUCGUUACCUUCGUCACGGACCGGUGUCCGCAGAAGAAGCAGAACUAUGACUACGCCCUGUAUUUACUCACCGCGUGCUACCACGAGUCCUUCGUCACCGAGCCCUGGGAGGCAACCAAAUCGGAGGCGGACAUGGAGGUCUAUCUGUUCGAGCGGAACCAGUCGAAGCUCUCCGCUGAGCGAAUCCUCAACUGGAACGCGCAAGAGGGUGCUCCGAAAGUGGCUCCCAGCAAAUCCUUUGCUGACUGCGUGGAGCAGCUUAUAAACGAGGGCGAAAACGAGUACAACUUGGGCAAAUACAAGGAGGAGGUGAAGAAAAUGCUAAACAUUGCAUAGGGAACUGAAGAAUUGAUUAAACCAAUAAAGCGUUGUUAACAAAUAAA